AUGAUAGGGGCAUGUCAAGCUACCAACACCUAUGGAAAAGAAAAGAAUAGCGUACAGAAAAUAAAUAAAUCAUCCAAGGAAGGUAAAGUCAUUUUCAAUAUGCAUGGAGUAAAAAUGAAAGGUUUUUUAAUUAGAGGGAUGUUUGGUGGUCAGGAAGGAGGUCCUUCCCCCAUUGACCAACCAAAGAAGACUAGGAAGAAGAAACUUAAGAAUAUUAUUGACCACGCUCCUAUGACUGUGUCUGGCUUAAUAGGGAAAGGCAUUGAAAAUGUCACAAAGGUUCCAAAAUACACCAAGGAUCCCAUCAACCCUUAA